CGGCGAUCCCGCGGGAGCGAGCACGGAAGUUUUUCUUUUGAGCGUGCGCGCUAGUGAGCGCGUGCUGACGUCCCAGGCUGGGGGCACACAGCGCCGUGUGUACAACUACUUAAAGAUGAAUUUCCUCGGCCUGAAAGAAGAUUGUGAGACCAUUCUCAGCCGCUUCCAGGUCACAGACAGCGUGCGAUAUGAGGUAUUCUUGUCAUUAUGGAAAGAGAUGAAGUUCCACACCAUAUUCUUUGGUGGGAUGAGGAAUCUUGAAAGCAACAGAUUCAGCAAAGAAGCAUUAUCUGUGGUAUCCCCCUAUUUCCUGCCCCCAUACACCUUUCAGAUACGUGUGGGUGCUCUCUAUCUAUUGUAUGGUCUAUACAACACACAACUUUGUCAGCCCAAGCAAAAGAUAAGAAUAGCUUUGAAGGACUGGCCCGAGGUGGAAAAGUUUCAUCAGGAUCUGAUCGGCUCUCAGCAUUUAGAUGCAGUGUACAUCUUUAGACAAAUGCGUUGCCACAGAGCCUUUUAUUUCACAUCGAUGCCCACAAUGCUGACAUUCAAGCCACAGAAGAGCAUACCUGUUGAUGAUGGUAAAUCAGAGUUUAAAGAUGUGAGGGACAGGGUCGCUGAUCUCAUUACUACUGAAAGUGUGGAGGAAAUGAUAAAUGUUCAUGAGCACUACCAGAAAACCAAACGUCUGAUCCAUGCGGAUAAAUCUGAGCCUGAUAAAAGCAUGAGUUUGAUUAAAGAAGACUUUACUGAUAACCUGAACUCCUUGGUUUCCCAAUAUCAGUACUGGAGACAGGAUAGCAGGGCACCAAGGACUAAAAAUGAUGAGGAAAAAGAAGGGGUUUCUCAAGAGUCGGAGGGCUCAGAGCGAGCAAGAGUUUUGGCCGGGAUAAAAUCCAAGUCUUAUACUACUGUGACUCAGGCUGCAAAGUCAAGACGGCAUCGGCAGGUUCAGCUGGCAUCCUCUGAAUCUGGUUCUGAUUAUAAAAGUACAAAAGCUGAGAGAAGAAAAGUGCAAAAACGGAAGUACAUGGCAGCAAAAGAGGAACAGAAGCGAGCUUACAUUUCUUUGAUAAAGAAGAAGUCUUCUGUAAAGAUGCCAGUGAUUUCCGAAGAGGAUUCAUCUUCCAGCAGUGAAGAAGUUCCAGUCAAGAAAAGGAAAAGAAAACGUUGAAUGUUGUGAAUAGGACUCGUAUCUCCAGCGCGCCAUACUGGGAUAGGAAUUGCCAAUACUAAAACAUUGUAUAGAGAUUUAUUGUUUAUUUAUAUUUUUCUUUUUUUUUAAAAAUCUGUUUUUGUAAGUAAAUAACUUGAUAUAAUACACUCCCUUGGUUAAUAAACUAAGGCUCAAAUCAUCAAGGGGUAUGGAAUAAUGACCUUUGUCUUAUCAGUUCAACUUUCCAAUCCUCCAAUUCUGGCAAAUUUACAAAGGAAAAUACAUCCGUUUUCUGGUGUAAAUAUUGGUGCAUUUUCUGUGCACUAAAUGAACAAUGCUGUAAGACAAGUUUCAUGUGGUUUUACACAAACUGGACACGUGGGCCAAUUUCUUCAAGUAAUGAAGUGCUUACACCGCGGUCCUUUAGUUAAAAAAAUAUCGAACAUUUCCAUAAUUACCACAGUGGUGUACAUUCAAUAGUUGGAAGGGGUAUCGGCACUGUAGGAGGUCAAUGCACCAAUCUGUUGGAAUGAAAAAAAAAAGUUUAUUUGUUCAGAUGAGAGAAUGACCGUGUAAUGAAUUGAAACAUUGUAUUGAAACAUUGGAGUGUUAGAAGGCCGGUGACACUUUAUUAGGUACAACUGCUUUAUUGAUGAAAACCAUAAAUCCAAUAAAUAAAACACAAUAUGUAAUGCA